CCCCAUUCUUUCGAGUUUCGAGCCAUCCCCUAUCUCUCUGUGAAUCUCGCAUAUAUUCUCUAUCUUCUUCGGCGGCAGCAACAGUCACAGGUAGCCACGGCCGCCGCCGUACACACCAUCAUCUCUAUAGCCUCUCGCCCUCUGUCUCACUUCUCCUUCACAAAUUCUAGCGCGGCACAAAUUUGCUGUUACAAUAGCACGGCGCCGCCGUCGACUUUAUUUCCCCCACUGGUUUCGCCACGUCAUUGGGACUAGUACAACCCUCAAGCCGCCUAAAGGAAACCAAACAAUGGCGGGAGGCAAAAUCAGGAAAGAGAGGCCCCAAAGAGGCGGCGCCACCCACUUCCAGGGAGGAAUCCCGUUCCACAAGUCGAAAGGCCAGCAUAUACUGAAGAACCCUCUCCUGGUCGACUCAAUCGUCCAGAAAUCCGGCAUCAAACACACCGACACCAUCCUCGAGAUCGGUCCGGGUACAGGAAAUCUCACGAAGAAGCUUCUUGAAGUCGGUAAAUGCGUCAUCGCCGUCGAGCUCGACCCGCGCAUGGUGCUGGAGCUGGAGCGCCGCUUCCGAGGAACUCCCUACUCCAGCCGAUUGAAGGUCAUCCAAGGCGACGUCCUUAAAUGCGAUCUCCCUUACUUCGACAUCUGCGUUGCCAACAUCCCCUACCAGAUCUCCUCCCCGCUCACCUUCAAAUUGCUGUCUCACCGCCCGCUGUUCCGGUGCGCGGUGAUCAUGUUCCAGCGGGAAUUCGCGAUGCGGCUCGUCGCUCAGCCCGGCGACAGCCUGUACUGUCGCCUCUCCGUUAACACGCAGCUUCUGGCUAGGGUUAAUCACCUGCUCAAGGUCGGGAGGAACAAUUUCCGGCCGCCGCCAAAGGUCGAUUCCUCCGUCGUCAGAAUCGAGCCGAGGAAGCCGCUGCCGCCGGUGAAUUUCAAGGAGUGGGACGGACUGGUUCGCAUCUGCUUCAAUCGGAAGAACAAAACCCUAGGCGCGUUAUUCAGGCAGAAGGGGAUCCUCGCGUUGCUUGAGAAGAAUUUCAAGACGCUGCAAGCGUUGCAGCUGAAAUCAGAUGGAUUCGAUCAGGAUGCCGAGAUUGCGCAGAGCUUAUCUGCUUUGGGGAAUACACUGGGGGAUAUGAGCAUUGAUGCUGAGGAAGAAUGGAAAGACGACGAUGAUGAUAUGGAGAUGGAUGAUGGAGGAGAUGCCAAGGGCUCUGAUUUUAAAAACAAGAUUUUGGCGGUUUUAAAAUCGGGUGAUUUUGAGGAUAAAAGAGCCUCAAAACUUGCUCAAGCUGAUUUUAUGCACCUUCUUUCUUUGUUUAAUAAGGCUGGAAUUCACUUUUCUUAACAAGAUUUUUGGUUGUGUUUUUGUUAUUUCUGCCCCUUAUUAGUUUUGUUUAAAUUGGAGAAUCUCUUAGUCUAUCACAUACGUUUGAUUGAUUAAUUAUUUCUGUGUGUUGGUAAAUAUUUGUUGUGAUUUCAUUGUAACGAUUCUUUGUGUUUGGAGAAUUGAUCAUUACUGCGUGUUGGUAAA